AUGGCGGCGCACGGCCAUUCCUCGAUCACCUCCUCCAGCAUGUCUGGCAUCUCCGCGUCUCAGCCAGGACUGCCGGUGCCCCUGCUCCCCGUCUCCGCCACAGUCUCCAAGACCCUGCAGUCGAAGGCGAGCUCCCGGGACUCGCUGCCCAACCCCACCUGCCACGAAGACACGUUGCCCCUCGCCGUGUUUUAUGGGCCGCUGGACGCUAAAAACCCACUCCUGGCCUCUCUGGAGAGGGAGAUACAGGAGUUGCUAGGCUUUAUGAAGAGAAAGGAGGCUUUGUCGACAACGGAGGAGAAGAAGCAUGAGUUCAACCGGCGUGGUGCUAUGUCUUUGUUUAAUAUCUGGACCAAAUACGCACCCCGGCUGCCCACUGCCUAUUAUAAUGAAAAGCUUCUGAAGGUUGGAGAUAGCCUCUGCGAAAUGAAAGAGUAUAAAUUGGCCCUGUUACAGUGCUAUGGAAGAUAUCUUCAGCAGUUCAGUAUCAGCUUUGAUGAGAAUAUAGCAGAUAUACAACAAUUCAAAACUGUCUUUUUUCCAAACGGUAUUGGAGACCAAACUGCUGCAAAUACAUUUCAUGCUUUAAAUGGAAGAAAUAUUUGCAGCUACCAGCUGGUCUGUAACAAUGAUUUGAACAUGCAGAAUAAAGAGUCUGUGAUCCAGUGUCUGAAUAUCUUGUCCUCCUUAAGACUCACCAUGCAGGUGGCCUUGCCACAGGAGCACCUCUGCUGGAUCAUCUUCAAUGGUACUGUUUACAUUUACACCAUUUGCAGAAAAUUGAUGGUUAUUGGUCAGUCUUCCAAGGCCUUAGAGUAUCUCCUGUGGGCCAGUGUGUGUAUGGAGUCCUCGGUCCCACUCCUGUCCAUCAGGUACUUGACAUGGCGAGUUACUCUUUACACUGCGGUCUGCCAGUGCUACUAUGACUGCCAAGCUGCUAUCCAUGGAGAGACAUUUGCUCGGCGUGGUUUAGCUAAAAUUGAUGAAUUAAGGCAACUGGAAUUAAUGGGCUCCUCACAACCACCAGAAGCAUCCAGGAGAUAUUAUAGGGAGGCCACGAUAAAGAUGGCAGUGAUGAUCUUCAAAAGAGCAGUAUUUGAAUCGAGAAGAAAAAACAGAAGUUUCUUUAGACCCAAAGUAAGAGUUAACUUAAAGGAAGUACAAGCUUUGCCAUGGCCACGUACUAUCACAGAACGGUUGUUGGAUGAGAUGUUUGAUAGCACUGCAUCCCGGUUUCUGGCUGUCUUAGAAGCUCUUUCUGAUUCAAAUAGGCGAACACUGCAAACUGGACCCAUUGCUACAGAUGAAGUAGAAAUUCGUGAUGUCGUCUCAGAACUGUUUUUGGCAGGAAGAGAACUUUUAAUAAUGUCCAAUACUGCUGUAGAUGGAAUGCUUAGUUUUCCAAAAACGUCCCUUCUGCAAUUUAUUAUAGAAAGAAAAAAUAUUAUCUCUAUCGAUACUGCUGUGAAAUUUACAAAAUUAGCUUUUAACUAUGAGGAAUGGAGCUUAUUUGAAUCAGCAGCUGGACAGCUUAUUGAUUUUCUCCAGACACAGGAUGACCCAGAGUCAAAGAAAGCAGAGAAGGAUUUAACUCUUCUUUUUGCAAUGGAACCUCUAGUCAAUAUAAAGAGGAACAAAGGUUUGGUCUUCCCUUUGGAAAACUACAAAGAAGGACAGGCAGCCUAUUAUGUUAAAAAGAAUGCUUUUCCCGAUACUUAUAUGAAGAAUUCUGGAUUUUCAGAUGAUGUUUUCCAUUUAGGAGCAGCCUUGUAUUCCUGUGUCUGCAACUCUUCCCAGAAUGUUCAGCCUGAUAAAGAAAUUGUGGUGGACAUGAUAAUGUUCUUAUGGCAGAAAUGCAAAUUAGGAAUUCAGCGGCUCAAUAUAUCCAGACUUGACUAUUCAAAAUUCACCCAGAAAAUCAGUACUAACAAAUGGAUUUAUCUUCUGUGGCAAAUAAAUGAAGUAAUUCACUGUUACAAAACGGAAGAGAUUGACAUUGUAGUGGUGGCAGAGGUCGCAUUACGAUUAAGUGAAAUAUUGGAGACUUUAGGAAACCCGAAAGGAAAAUUUAAAAGAACUCAAGAAACAUCUUUAAAUAAAUGGACUAGUGAAUUAUUUGGGACUCCAAGUGAUGGCCGGGAAGUUCUUCCAAUAUUACAGAAAACACCCUUGGAACAGUUAUAUUUGGCUUAUGAACUUCUUGACAAAGCAAUCGGUGGAAUAAAUGUCAAUCGCAUGUUAGCUACUUUGCCAAAUGGAUUAUCAGUGUUUGAUCAUUGCUAUGCCAAGUAUACACAGGAUUCAGAUGGAGACAUUUCCAAACCAGUCACAGCAAAUAGUUUCAUGAUGGAUUUACAUCUUGAAUUAAUUCAAGCUCAGCACCAAAUAGCUGUUGUGCUUCUUGACCAACUGGAAGUUUUGCAGAUUCCAACCAUUAGCAAAAAUAUAUCUACCAAAAUUCCAGAAAAACGAAAACAACCUGAAAACGGUGUUUGUUUUACAGAAGUCAGUGUAAUGAAUAAAAUAAGGAAGAAUAAGCUAUCCAAAGCAAUUUACUUGAUGAAGAAAGCUCUUCUAAUAUUUGAGAAAGAUGCAACCUCUACCUCUUCACAUAACUUUUUGAUGGAAGCAUAUUCUUUAAUUGAGAAGGUUGAAGUAGAACAAAAUGCUCAAUAUUUGUAUCUGAAAAAUAUGGAAAGUUCAAAAGAAAAGAAAAGCAGAAUCCCUCCUCCACCUAUCCUGCUAUCCCGAACUCAUUGUUCUGUGAUGUUGAAACCUGCUCCAUUUAUUUCAGAUGUUAAGGUGUCGUGGUACCGCAUUUUGGGCUGCAAAGCAGAAGGGAGCCAUGGAAAAGUGAGACUAAAUAAUAAUCGUCUCCCAAACUCAGGAGAGGCGAUACCAGCGGAUGGUAAAAGCAUUUUUGAAGUGAAAGGUUUGGAAACCAAUGAAAAAUAUGUCUUUGCAAUUGCUGCUUAUUCUUCUAAUGGGCAGCUUGUCGGUAAUGCUGUUGGGGAGACAACUAAACCGAUUCUGAUUUAUCCACCUCUUUCUGCCGUUACUGCUCGGAUGUUCCUGACGCAGGUUGCCUAUCAGAUUGGUAACUAUGAAUUGGCUAAGAAAGUUUUCUCACCAGUCUGGGAUUAUUUUGUCACUUCACCACCUCACAAUGAACAAUCUGUGGUUUGUUUAAGCAGUAUGAUGACUAUUACACAGAGAAGAUUACAUUCAGAGAUUUUGGCAGAGACUUCUUCAAUCCUCUUAAGCCUUUUUCUCAGGAAUAUUUUUGUAACAAGUGACAUUAAAAUUAAAGAAGAAAAUCUUUUCUGUGAUAAUAUCAAAGGCAAUGAGAUUUUUCCUGCUCAACAAAUUGCUAGACUAAUUGAAUGUGAGAGAGUGUUAGUGGCAUUGGAACUUAGCAACUACCUAAAUGAUUCCAGUUAUGCUCUUCAAUCUGUGACUCAAUGUUAUGGCCUCCUUGCACCUAUAAUCUAUCACAAUAUUGUUUUGGUACCUGUCAUACAGAUCUUGAUAAAGUGUUUGGUGGUUUUGCAAGGACUACCAAAUGUCAUCCACUCAAAGAAACAUAUGGCAAGUUAUGAAAGCAUACAGCACAUGAUAGCUUGUUGUCUCUACUACACAACAAAGAUUCUGCGUUCAUGGAAGGAAUAUGACCUGGCAGUAAUUAUUAUAAAUUAUGGGAAAAAGAUGUUGGACAUCACAUCAGAGUGCAAAUCUCUAUUUGGUAUUAUUAAUGAGCCAGAAGAAACACAAGAGGAGGGUUGUUCCAUGAAGUGUUCCAGGACCAAGAGGCUACAGCAGACAAUAUCACCUGAAAAAAUAAAUGAACAGCUGCUCUUGUUGGAGACACACCUUCUCAAACUGACAAAGCAAUUUACUUCAACUGAACUCUCAGGAUCAGAGGACCCUAUCUUUCUUUACCCUAUAGUUUUAAAUUGGUCUGUCAAAGGUGCUGUGAAAGAAGUUAUGAAAUUUAAACAGAGACCUAGAUUCCUGGAAUUUUUUACCCAGAUUAUGCUAAAAUGUAUAAAUGAUGAAAAAUUUUCCCUUAUGGUGGAGAUCACAAAUCCUAUCACUGACUUCUUGAAAAGGAGAAAUGAGUCCUUACUUGGAUUGAAAAAAAUUAAACAUAAGGACAAUAUUUUGGGUCAAAAAAUGGAUAAAUCUGUGAAGAAGUACAAAGCUGCAGUAAUGGAGAUUGGGAAAACUACAGAAAUACCAAAAAGAAAAUGUAAAAAAAAGGGAACUCUAAGAGACUUUUUAUCCAAAAAUCCACAUGUUUCUGAAUUGCCAGAACGUGAAAGAAAUAAGAGAUUUGAUGUUAGAAAAAUAGCACAUCGAUUCCUGGUAGAUAACUUGAAUCCUUUAAUACUUAAUUAUAUUAAAAAGAAGAGGUUCCGUCAAAUGUGGCUUGAAGAGAUGCCCUGGAGGGCUCAGAUGAACCUGUAUCUGGCAAAUGCACACUUCAACAUGCUUUUAAUAAAGCUAGGGGAACGUCUGAAGAUGAAAUUUGGCAUUUCACAUGCAAUGGUCAGUUUCCGAUCAUGUGAUCCUAGUAUAUUCUCAUUAUAUAAUUCAGGAACAGUAUUACCAACAGGAAAAUUGACUCUAGAAAACUAUAAAGUGAUGCUUGAUUUCCUUCAUACAGCUAAAAAAAGAAGGAUCAAUUUACCAUCAGAUGCUGAAGAGUUUUCAAUAUUUAUUGAUUCCCAAAUGAAUGAUGAAACUGAUUCUAAGAUACCAACAGCUAAUGACCCUGACUUUCAGGGAGUUCUUAAUGCUAGAGAAAAGGAUAGAGCAGCAACUUUGAGUCUAUUGGACCAUUUUAUGAAAAUCUUUUUACAUUGUAGGAGAGCAAUGGUUUUUGCUCACCGUGGCGGCUUUUGGACUCUGCUUCAGAAUUGCUGUCGGGCCCUUUGGAACUAUUCUCAGGAGCUACAGAUCCUUCUUAAACAAGCAGUGGACCUGUGUAAAGUAUUUCCUAUUAGUCGAGAUGGUUUCCUUUCUAUCUCUGUAUUACCAUUCUAUUUUGGAGCAGACCUACUUAUUGACAUGUUAAUAGAACUACAAAAUACCAAUUCUAUUGAGAUUAUUGAAGAAAAAGGAGAAUACAGUGUACCAAGUUGCUAUGGAAAUAUUAAAAAUGAUAAUGGUGGUUCUAGCCUUACUUUUGAGCAUCCUUUGGAUAAUGUAAAUAUGGUUGAUUUGAAAUGGAUCCAUGAUUUUGUAUUAAAAUCUCUGGAACUUUUGUAUCAAGUAGAAAAAUGGGAAACACUAGUAGCACUUGCCAUUCAAUUCAAUAUAAUUUCACAUGAGAGAUACACAGAGCAAGUGACACCACUCCUGGUGUAUGCACAGCGCCAGCUCCUUCUGAGAAUAUACAAGUUCGAGGGCCCAGAUAUUACUCAACAACCUUGUGUAAGAUAUGAGGCCGAAUAUAAUGAGAAGAUAACCUGCCGAAAUUUUAUUGGGAAGCAAAUCAAGAUUAAUUCUCCCCCCAGUCAACUGAUAGACACAGAAAACGACUCAGAUUUCCUCCAAAAGCUCAUCCUUUCAGAAUACAGCCAUGCCAAAGGGCUCCUCUCUGUGCCCGUGGAUGUGACAGAUACGUUGAGAUGUUUUAGAGAGACUUUGGAAAAGUCCAGAUAUCAUAACAGAUCAAUCCGACACAGCAGAAAGUUGCUUUCAUUAUUUCUUGCACAGACACAAGAUGUUCUCCAAGCCAGCAAUCAAAGAAGUCUUAAAGUUCAGGCAUUGCAUCAACUUGGAAGUCUUCUUGUCUUCGCAGGAAAGAAAAGGGCUGCUUUUAAAUGCUGGUGUCAAGCUCUUGAUGACAUAUUCAGAAAACAAGAUGUGCUGCAUACAUGGAAAGAGUUGGGCACCACGGUCACCAAUGCCACCAACAGCUGUUCACCUCCACGUUCCAAAGACUACAGUGAGGAAUUCCUGUCCAGAGUUGGCAUUUGGGGAUGUCUGCAAGGGGCGGAAAUAUCGGCAAAGAUAGCUCAAUUUAUUAAGGUGUUGGACGUUGAGAAGAGAUCCAACUGUUGCAUUUUGUCUGCAUUACUCUUUCAGGGUUUGCUGAGAACCACACUUCCACAUCCUAAAGCUGAACGUUGCUAUGCUCAGUAUGAAAUCACUCAGCUUCUCCCAGGCAUCGAGCUCUUCUCGGAUAUAUACCGGGCUAACAUUUGCUCUGUAGUUGCCAGUCUGUAUUAUGUUAUACGCGAACUGCACUUUGCUAAGCAAAAUAUAAUCAUUCUGCCUCUCCUUGCAUUGUACCAAUAUUUUGUUGCUGGAAUUUGCCAAGACUUGGUCAGAAAUCUAGAAGUAAGAAUCCUCAAGAUUGAAGUCCUUACAGAAUUAAGUUUCUUUUCCGAAGCCUUUCAUGAGAUAUUCCAGAUUUUUUGUGGAAAGCACAUGCCUUCCUUCAUACCUACCAGUUCUAGAGCUUGUGGGAAAGUGAAGACAUUUCAAUUAUUUGACUCGGGAAAACCUCUUACUAGUAAAGAAAAUAUACAGGCACUUGAUGACUUAAUCAAUAAAGGCUUGCCUCAAAUUCUGCAUACAGUUGGACAUCAACAUCUUAUAAAUAAGUUUUCGUUUGUUAGAGCAUACUUGUUAGUAAGUGUGGCUGCAACAAUAAAUUACGUUCCAGAAAAUAUAUUAAAGACGACCCAUGGAUAUGUUUCAGAGAAGAGCAAAAUGAACUUUCCAAACUUGAAAGAUCUAUAUACAAAGGAUGAUGGAGGCACAUUUGGUUUUCUUAAGAAACUAAAAGAUGAAUUCACUCUUAAUACACUAAAGUCAAUUUUACUGACAGAAGCUGAAGACAGGCUGAACUCCCUGGUGUCAGAGAUGGAGCAGGCCAGCCAGAAGGGCCUUGCCCAGUGCUCUGUGGGUCAGCUGGAGAUUGUGGUGCAGGCCCGGCUUCAGCUCGCCGCCAUCGCCCUGCAGAGACACCGAGCGGCGUACAGUGUUGCAAUAGUAUUUUCCACACUUAAACUUAUCCAGGAUUCAAAACUUUUUCAAAAGAAGGAGGUACAAGAUGACACAGAGAGUUCCCUCUCUCUAGCUUCUGUCAUUGAAAAGAAAGAUGAGAAUGAAUUUUUAGAUCCUAUCUCCCUAAAUUCUCGAGAAUAUUUCAACAUUCAUCUGUGGUUGACGUGCCGCUUAGCAUUGGUGACUGCGCUGGUUGCACAGAUCCGUGGCAUUGGAAUCGUGAAAGAAAAUGAUAUGACAGAUUACGUUAGCCUCAUCAAUGAAGUGUGUUUGGAGGCAGAAAGUGCAGGCGACAGGGAGCUACAGGCUGAAUUCUUGAUGCAAGCUGUAAUCAUUGGCCUACAAGAAAAGCAUUUAAAGGCAGACAUCAUAACAAACCUUCAGGCCAUCAUACGUUUGCUUGAAGGAAGUGAGUUUAUUUCUCCGCGAUCUUAUUUAACUCUGGCGAGAAGCUUGCUUUUGCUGGAUGACUUAACAAGUGCAGAGAAAUUCAAGGAACUUUUGCAUACAAAAACAGAAAAAUUAAAUUUGUUGACUCAGUCUCACAACAUUCUUAUUGAACAGAUGCUAACUUUUGGAGAAACAAUUGAGUUUCCUUCAUCAAACACUGACUAUGCAAGUCCAUUACAGCCUUUGAAAAAUGUCUAUCUUCCUCAUAUCAUGUUAUUGGCCAAAACAAAAAUGAGAAUUGGACAUAAAGUAGCCAAGCAAGUCUCCUAUACCAGUAAAAAGAAGGAUUCCUUAAAGUGGUCACCUGCUCUUCAACUUUUUGAAACAUCAUUGAAUCUCUGUAAGAUCUCAGCAACAGAGGAAUAUGAGGUGGAAGCUGAAAUCCUUUUUCAGAAAGGCAAAAUAGAAUGUCAACUGUUGGUGGAGGAGAAAUCUCCAAAUUUGCAACUUGAGAGUUUAUAUGAAGCUAUACAAAUAAGCUUGAGCCAUGAUCAAAACUCAGGGUUGAUAAGGGACUCCUACCUAGAGCUUGCCCUAGUAUAUCUACAUAUGAGAAAGGCAAAGCACAAACUUUCAUCAGCACCAUUAACACCUAAGGCUUUUACCAGAAGGCAUAGUUCUAUUAAAGAACCAACAGUAAACAGAUUUGAAAUAUACAGUUCACUGGCCUGGAUUGCGAUAAGAGCUGCUGCACAGGUCAGUAAAGCUGUGCUGGCAAUUAACUUGCUUAUUGGAAAGAAGAACGUUAGGACUGACCAAGUCAGUCAAGCGGCAUUACUUAGCAUCCCGGAAUUUGCCACCGUGGACCUUUUGUCUUCAUACACAGAUUAUUUGCUUGAUAAGUACCAAGUUGCCUUCCAGACUGGUUAUCCAUUUUUUAACCAAACUGAUGACAAACCUGAGGACACAGAUGCUAUAAAAAAGACUCCGACUAAAGUAGAUAUUACAUGGAUCCUUCUACUACGCUACUACAUUCACUUGCAAAGGAUUAAUAACAUGAGCAAGCUGCUAGCAUCUCCAAAGCCAGGUUCUGGAAUUUCUUUACCAGAUGAUACACUUCUCACGUCCCUUUUCAACUCUGGGUUGAUUUUGCGCCAAAAAGAAAUGCAUAACUUCCUUAAAAAAUUUUUACUUCUGUAUUCUUCCUCUUGUAUUGAUGAUUUUCCAAGAGAACUAUUUCAAGAAUUGGAAAACCAAUGUUGUUUAGAAAAAUUCUUAUUUGAAUCAUCAGCCAAGGGACCUCGUGACAGUUCCGUACAUUCCAUUUUAUCAUUAAAGUUGAUUUCCAGCCAAAGUACUGUUGAGUCGGUUUCAUCAGAUAUGGCAAUACAAGCUUUAAACAAAGAACUUUGCUUUCAAUGGUACAUCCCUCCCCUGGAAAGACCUCCAAUGGAAGUAGAACCUAUGGUUUUAUUGUUGUAUGCAUAUAACAUGAAGCCCCUGAAAAUUUCAGAUGUUACCUGCACCAGUUACAGCAAUGCCUCUGUUGGCUCCUUCUGGGUUCCCUUGAACAGCGUUAUUGAAAUUCAUGAGAAACUAUCGAAUCUUAUGCAAAUAGCUGAGCUAUCAUUGCCAGCAGUUCCUGAAGUUACUCCAGAUGAAAACGUAUCUGAAGCACAGGAAAUAGAAGUGAAAACAAUUGAUAAAGAACUGGAAAAAAUGAUUAUUGACUGUUGCUCAGAAAUAAUAAGUCUGUUUAUGAGUGAUAGAGAGACACAACCACUAUCUAAGGUUCCAUUUAAGGUCUCGCUGCCAUCCAUAUUCAAUCUCGAGAGACUUUUUGAUCUUGCUAACGGUUGUAUCCUAUCAGGAGGAAGCCUUUUCAACUGGAUUGUGUCAAUUAUUCCCUGA